AUGGGUGGCACAGACAGCAAACUCUAUUUUCGCAAGGCUAUCGUUCAGCUAACCACCAAAACAAUGCCAAUUGAUGCUAAUGACGAUGCUUUUUGGGAUCAAUUUUGGAGUGAAUCGAUUGCCUCUGUACAGGACAUUUUCACUUUAGUUACAGCCCAAGAGAUUCGUACAUUAAGAGAUGAAGCACCGUCAAAUUUAGCUACACUCUCGAUUAAGGCUGUUGAGAAAUUAGUGGCUGCCUCGAUGACAGCUUGUUCAACACCAAAGGAGCAAACUACAGGCAAGAAAUAUAUAACAAAGGCAUUAUCUAUUUUAAUACACCGCCUCUUAAUCUAUAUACUGAAUUGCUGUAGGCUAUUAACUAGAAUUUUGCCGUACAUAUUCGAAGACAGUGAUUGGCGAGGAUUUUUCUGGUCCUCAGUUCCAGCAAAUACGGAUGGAGCUCAACCAUUAGCGAAAUCAUUACUUAAUGCCAUUCUGGAUCUCUUAUUCUGUCCAGACUUUACUGUUCCCAAACAUAAGAAAGCUGGCCCGGAGACCCCUGAUGAUCUGCCUUCUAUUGACAGCUGUGAAUAUAUUUGGGAGGCUGGAGUUGGAUUUGCUACCUCAACGCCAGCUAAUCCUCAAUUUGAUCGAAAUAGAACAGAAAUUCUGAAGCUGCUACUCACUUGUUUUUCUGAAUCAUUGUAUAUGCUACCAAGUGCCGAUUCUGGAAAUAACCAGUGGUUGGAUUACUUUACAUCGACGAAUAAUAGACAUGCAUUGCCUUUAUUUACGUCGUUAUUAAAUACCGUCUGCUCGUAUGAUCCCGUCGGUUAUGGAGUUCCUUAUAAUCAUCUCAUGUUUCAAGACGCAAGAGAACCGUUGGUCGAAAUUGCUGUCCAGUUGCUAGUUGUCGUCCUCGAUCAUGAACCUUCCACUAUCACUAUCGAUCGAAGUGCUGAACAUGACACAGUAAGAAUAAACGAUAAUCUAUUUUGCAAUUAUUUAUCACGAAUACAUCGCGAAGAGGAUUUUACUUUCAUUCUACGCGGUAUAAUUUUAUUACUUAAUAACCCAUUACUGCAAACUUAUCUACCAAAUUCGUGCAAGAAGAUAGGUUUCUAUCAAGAAUUAUUAAUUUUUCUCUGGAAAGUCUGUGAUUGUAAUAAGAAAUUCCUGUACUAUGUACUUAAGAGUAGUGACGUUUUAGAUAUCUUAGUACCAAUCCUAUAUUACUUGAAUGAUGCUAGGUGUGAUCCAGCUCGUAUCGGCUUAAUGCAUAUUGGAGUAUUCAUUUUAUUACUUUUGAGCGGUGAAAGAAAUUUUGGUGUUCGCUUAAAUAAGCCGUUCUCAGCUAAAGUACCAAUGGAUUUACCAGUAUUUAAUGGCACACAUAUUGAUUUUUUAGUAAUUGUAUUUCAUAAAGUAAUUACUACUGGCCAUCAACGCUUAGCACCUAUAUUUGAUUGCCUUUUAACCGUCCUUGUUAAUGUUUCACCUUACUCGAAAACUUUAUCAAUUGUUGCUAGUAACAAAUUGCUUCAUCUGCUAGAGGCUUUCUCAACACCCUGGUUUUUAUUUAGUAACAACAACAAUCAUCACUUGAUAUUCUUUUUACUGGAAGUAUUCAAUAAUAUUAUCCAGUAUCAGUUUGAUGGUAAUUCCCAUUUAGUAUACACAAUAAUCCGUAAGAGAAAUAUAUUUCAUCAGUUGGCCAAUCUACCUACUGAUCCUUCGACUGUAGUUAAACCCAAUAAGAAAGAAGAUAGUUCAGACAUAUCAGUAGCCCAGUAUCAGAGCGGCACUGAAAGUGCCUCCGAUCCUAAUAACAUUAGUGGAAGUGAAUCUGAUACUUCGAGCGAUGAUGAGUUAAGCAAAACUGGCGCUGCCAGUAUGAAGAAGAAAACCAAGAAAAUAAAGAAGUCGCCGAGAUUUGAUAGUGUAUCACCUGACGGACACUUUACUCCAACUCCAGAAUGGGUAUUGUCAUGGAAGCAAAAAUUACCUCUACAAACCAUCAUGCGAAUGCUGCAAGUAUUAGUACCGCAAGUGGAGAAAAUUUGCAUUGAUAAGGGCUUAACUGAUGAAAGUGAAAUUUUGAAGUUCUUACAGCACGGUACGCUUGUGGGAUUGCUGCCAGUUCCCCAUCCAAUUCUGAUAAGAAAAUAUCAGCCUAACAGCGCGACUACUAUGUGGUUUCGAACAUACAUGUGGGGCAUUAUAUACUUAAGAAAUUUCGAUCCUCCUAUAUGGUACGACACUAACGUCAAACUGUUUGAAAUUCAGCGAACUCACUAA